AUGUCAGACGGCGAAGAUUUUCCUGCUCAUUUGGAGCAUCCAGAUGAAGACUUGGAUAACCCUUUGAGAAUCAUAAUAGUAGUCAACUCACCAGAGCAUCCCGAGGGUGAGAUGGAAGAACGUCUCUUGGAUAGCAUCCAGAGUAUGGAAGACGUCAAUACCUUUUUUGACACUUUUGACGAAAAAGUAGCCAUACCUAACGAAGGUCAUAUCAAAUACGAGGUAGGAAGCGACGGUUUGGUGGUGAUUGUUGUGGAUACUUUGCAAUUACGAAACGACGUUUUGAAGUUCCUUGAUGAACAUGUUGCUGAGGUC